AUGAUAGAGGAAGAGCUUGAGAAUUUUUCUAAUGAUAAUGAAGAUGAGUUGGAAGAAAUCCAUUUUGAUGAAAGUUCCUUGGUUGAGAGCUUUGACGUGUAUAUUGUUUUGCAUGAAAACACGGUACACGAUCAGCGUGUUUACAAUGCCCCGUCUGUUGAUGAGGUUGCUGUGAUUUGGCCAGACAACGCUUCAUCAAGUGAGAGUUUAAGCCCUCACAUACUGGUCGCUGGUAAAUCCUAUGAAUGUCAUCGAAUUUAUCACAAUUACGGGUGCUAUGACCCAUUACAGUACCCAUUGUUGUUUCCUUAUGGAGAUUGUGGCUGGACGCAAGGGUUAAAGAAAAUAUCUCAUAGUGGUGCAAAUCAGUCUGCAACAUAUCCAGAUCUUGUAUUGUCUUGUUCUGUGCAUACGGCUGAGGACGUGUUGGAUCAAGAAGCAUCACGGGCAGGUAGGAAGAAUACUCAAGCAUAUAAGUUCAUUUCUCUAAGAGAAUACUACGCUUACAAGUUGCAGAUUCGACCUAAUAAUAUGUUGCUACGAGCCGGUAGGUGUCUGCAGCAAUACAUAGUUGAUAUGUAUGUAAAUAUCAAAAAUAUCAGACUCCAUUAUUUUCGCAAUGAUCAAUCGACUAUCAGAGCUAAUCUGUAUCAAGGAAUUCUUGAUUCUCGAGAUUUGGGCAAACUGCUGCAUAUAAUGUUGGGCGUAGGGUCAUUUUGCCUCCUACUUUCAUCGGAGGGCCUCGGGAUAUGUAGAAAAGAUAUUUAAAUGCCAUGGCUCUUGUUCAGAGAUCCGGUAAGCCUGACUUCUUUGUCACUAUGACGUGUAAUGCUAAUUAGCCAAAAAUAAAGGGAUAUGUUAGAUUUGUAAUAAUGCGUAGUUUAUUAAUAUGUAAUUUUCACAAUUCUUUCAUUACGAAAUUAAGAAUA